AAUAAGUGACUGAGUAUAAUAUUUUUGUCUCAUUUGUUUAAUUCGGUUCUCUUUGUCUACUUUUAGGACUCGUGUAAAAAUCUGGUGAUGUUUUUGGGUUAUAAUUAUUCAGAUAUAUAGACCACUUCGAAGGGUUCACAAACUUUCAAGCAUAUAAUACAAACCUGUGGUUUGCCUUGCAGCUAGCACAAGUAUCAUAGCUUCUGUUAUAGAAAAUUUAACACCACCAUACAUCGAUUCUGGCUUAAAACAAUGAAUUUAAUCAAGAACUUGAUUGCAUCAAUUACUACAAUGGUUUGUCAGUUUCUUAGUUUUUCUAGCAGAAAGAAGUUUUCUAAAGCUUUAAUGAGGGAUUCCAAAUCUGAGCAGCAAUAAAAAAAUCACAGCUAAUGCAGAGAUGACACAUUCAGUGUGCAACUGUUUAUCCAUGGUCUGUUUUGGAUAUUGUGUACUAUUAAAUUGCUCAACUUUGGCUUACCUACUCCAAGGCCUACUAUGACCAGGAGGUUAAGCAGAAUAUGUUGGCUAUAUGCUUAUUUACACAUUUUUUAAAAUAUGAAACGUGUUCUUUUUUUUUUUUUUUAAUCAUACACCUGAUAUACCAUUGCCUAAAUCAGAUGGAUUAAAGUCCAGAAUUCUUAACAUGCAUUAACAGAUGAAAUAUACAGUAGGGUUAGGCACUUACAGAGACGCGUAAAUAUGAACUUUUUCACACUGAUGCUGAAGUGUUAGUACUGGUACAGGAAGGUGACAGAAAACAGUUUUUUAUCGUGUAGCAUAAAGUGAUGGGUUUUUUGCUUUCGACAGGAAGGGUGUGAGCUUUCAGCGGUUUCCUCUUCAGUAGUGUCUUGACGAGUGAAACCAGUAGUGGCUGUCAUGGGCGUGUUUCCUUUCAAAUUCAUGUGGUCUGUUCAACAAGGCUAAAGUUAUCUUUUUUUUUUCUUUUUAAAGCAAUCACAUCUAAAAGAGUGCAUUGUCAAUGUUUUUGUUCUAUCCUGAGGGUCUUUGCACUUGCAUGUGUACAAAAUAAUACAGUGUGAUAUUUGACCACUUGGACAAAUGGAGAAUUGUGCCCCAAUCCAGGACAGAAAGCUUCCACAACUUUUCCACAAACACACUUUCUCAGCCCUUAUUAAAGUGUCUGUGCAGAUUUCUGCACUGGCUCUAUAUAUCCACAAUGGCGCAGAGAACAUGCAGUAAGUAAAGCAGAACUGCUGUUGCAUGUGUAAUUGGAGAUGUAGUUGUGUGUGUGUGUGUGUGUGUGUGUGUGUGUGUGUGUGCGUGUGUGUGUGUGUGUGCAUUGUGAAUCUCACUGCGUGAUCUUGACAGCUCUACAUGUGACUCUGGCUUCCGUUGCUUUCUUGCUUCCGCAAAUACAUAUAUACCUCUCUGCACACUAGCAGAGCACAUUUGAUAGUCCGAGGCGAGGAAGCGGCUCAGUUUUCUCCAUCAACUCCUGCCGUAGUGAUGGUGUGCAGUGAGGCAGGAGCACACCGACCAACCCGCAGCGUGAGCAUGAAAAGAUGCCGGGCAUCGGAGUCCUUCUCUAUGUUGGCUUGGUGGCUGUACUGCCAGCUCUUUGCCAUCCUCACACCCCCUGCACACUGACUCAAAGGACGGCUAUAUGUAAUAGCCUCCGACUCUCUUCUGUUCCCGGCAACUUGCCACAGCAAAUAGAAGAGCUUUUUUUAAAUGAGAACAUUAUUAUUAAAUUACAAAAUGGAUGCUUCUCAAGGUAUCCUUUCCUUCGCACACUGAGCUGUGCAAACUGCCUUUUAAAUGCAUCAGAUGACCAAGUGUUCUCCAGUUCACCUCUGAUAGAGAGCCUCGGUUUUGCCAGCAAUGAACUUCACAAGGAGCACAAGCAGUUUGCCCAGUCUCUUGGUUCUUUGUCCAGGCUUCGGAUUCUGGAUAUUUCCGGCAAUGGGCUAACAGAGGACAUGGUUUCUGAGCUCUUAGAGAACCUCACAUCUCUCGAGUUCCUGGACUUGUCCAGGAAUGUUCUACUGAGAUUGGACGAGUACGCAUUUAGAAACCUUCAUCAGCUCAAAGAACUGAAUCUAGAAAGGAAUGUUUUGUUUGAGAUUGAUGGCGCGUUUGAUCACUUAAAAAAGCUCAGACGGAUUAACUUGGCGUUCAAUUCCCUGCCAUGCCUCAUGAAAUUCGAGAUGACCCAGUUGAUAGUACUAAAUGCCAGUCACAACCUCAUUGAAUGGUUCAUAACUAAUCAGGACCUCACAGAAACCUUUGAGCUGGAGACGCUGGACUUAUCUGAUAACCGGCUUCUGUAUUUUCCAUUCCUUCCAACCUACAAUCGCAUUAAAACACUGUUAUUAGCCAAUAACCAUAUUGGCUUUUACAGCCAUCUCUCACAGAUCACCUCUUUAAACUGGACCAAUAGUGUUGAGUUCUACAAUUUGGGUGGAAAUGCCAGCAAUAUUACAGCAGAACUUUGGAGCGAUGACUUUCAUGGAGAUAUAUCUUCUGUGGAAUUGCUGGAUCUCAGUGUUAACCAGGUGAGAUACUUCCCUCAGGGGUUUCUUCGGAAAAUGCCUCGUCUCUACUGGCUGAGGAUGAGGAGCAAUUGCUUUGAAUCCCUGAAUCUAACAGGAGAAGAUCUUCCUGUAACUCUGUAUGAGCUGGAUGUGAGCAACAACAGACUUACUGAACUGCAUGCACACAGCUCAGUCAGUGAACUAAAUAACCUUACACAUUUGAACCUGAGCUUAAACAACAUACAGAAGCUUCCCCCUAGAGUGUUCACUACUUUCCCCAGUCUCAGCAUUGUGGACCUCAGUUAUAACACAGUGGGAUUGUGCCAUCCUAAAGAGCUACAUAACUCAAACUCUUCAGCCUGUGCUCUUUGGACAAAUCUUUCCUCAUUAAAACAGCUCCACAUUGCUGGAUGCAACUUAAUCAAUAUCCCGCCGUUAGUGUUCGAUGGCACACCACUAACAUACCUUGACCUGUCCAACAACCCAGACCUGCACAUUGGACAAGACUGUUUAUCAGGUCUCAGUGGGACUUUGCAGCACCUAGGCCUGAGCAACACAGGUUUGCAGGACUUUAACUUUUCUCCAUUUAAACAAUUAAAAUUUUUAAACAUCUCCAAAAACUCAAUAUCAGAGCUUCCUAAAUCUCUAAUGACACUGAACUUGAAGCUCCUGGACUUGAGGAACAACAGGUUGUCUACUAUUAAACCUGAACAUGCUACUGUGCUAGCUAAACAAGUGCAGAUUGUGUAUAUAAAUGGAAAUUAUUUCAACUGCUGCCAGUUAGAUUGGUACAGGACGUUUGAGGAGUCCAAAAUCCUCCAUGUGGCUGAUCUUUUAGAGGUUACAUGUGUAGACCUACACCAGCAGAUACUAAAAGCUGGUCUUUUUGACUCCGUUCUUUGUGGGGGCAAAAGCACAGAUGAAUCUAUUUUCUGGUACAUUUUGCUAUUUUUAUCUAUUGGUGUGUCCCUAGUGGGUGUCUCUGUCAUUUAUUUCCUGACUUUCAGACCCAGACUACUGCCACGGGUAAUUAAAAAGAAAUGUUGGAAGCCCACAACCUAUUGAAAAACAAGCACAACCAUAAAAUUGGUCAAAUAUAUCUACAGAUGCUGUAUUAGUGUCAGUUUACUCUAAGAACCAAAACAGUCACCUAUUCUUUUUGUUUUUUGUAAUGAAACAAUUUCAAGUGUCUUGUUUUGGCAAAUAGGAUACAGGUGUAUAUGAUUGCCAGCUUUGGUUAGAGACUCUGAACAGAGUUUGUUUUUGUGUAGAACUUUGGCACAUUCAAGUCAGAUUUCAUUUCAGUUACAAACCAAACGUAAUGAUCACAGACUAUAUGCUGGGAAAUGCUGCAAAUCAUUAAAUGAAUGGACUGAUUAUCUGGAACAGAACAACACUGACACUUCAGAAAUGUUUAAACAGCAGAGUCAUUUAAUUAAUAAUCAGAGAGACAAGCAAAUGUGGGCUUAUUAUUUUCUGGUACUUUAUAACGCGAACUGAAUUGAAUUAAACGGGUUUAAUGCCAUUGUUUUAUUUUACUACUGUUGGAAAUAGUUUCAGGAAGUGCAUUUCAGCUUUCAGCUCGUCUUUUCAUGUUUUGUUGUUUAGUACUGCU